AUGUUGUUGAAAGGUGUAUGGUGUGAAGUUUUCUUACUUGGGUCAUGGACAGAGUCAAAUGCUCAAUCAGUUGUUGUCUCAAUUCCGCAGUACAAUGUUGUUAAAAGGGUCAGCUACAGAACAAAAUGUUUAGAACUACAGUAUAUCAUACCAGUAUACUAUUAUGCUGAUGCCAUAAUACCAUUAUACCAUUAUGCUGCAGCAGUGAUACUUUUACUUGGGUCAAGGAAAGAGUCCAAAGUCUUAAGAAAUAAUGUGAAUCUUCGUUGUUGCUGUGGAAGAAUAAGUAGUUGGCUAGCUAGCGUACAUGUGAGGAAAAUUAGUCAUCGUAUACGAUCAUGCAACCCUACCAUUAUUAAAGCGUCACGCUCUUCAUGGUUUCUUAAAGUGAGAUCUAGCUACAAAACUAGAUCGAUAGAGGAAGAAGAAACUGAGAUAAGAGGAUCCAAAUACAUGGAUGAACUGAAAACCAAACCCAUAUGGAUUCUUCUUCUUUCAUUUCUAGGCCUUCUUUUUCUUUUCAAGCACACCAUAUCUGUUUUGAGAUGGUUGUUCAUUACUCUCCUCAGACCAGCCAAGAAUUUGAAGAAGUUUGGUUCAUGGGCACUCAUCACAGCACCAACUGAAGGUAUCGGAAAAUCUUUCGCCUUUGAAUUAGCUCGAAAGGGUCUCAACUUGAUCUUAGUUGGUCGAAACAUACACAAGCUACAAAAUGUCACUAGAGCAGUUCAAUCCGAAUAUCCAAACAUCCAGAUCAAGAUUGUCGUAGUCGACUUCUCAUCGAGUGAUCUUACGGUUGGAAUUCGGAACAUAGAGGAAGAGAUUGGCGGUGUAGACGUGGGCGUGUUGAUAAAUAAUGUGGGUAUAACGUAUCCUAGUGCUAAAUUCUUCCAUGCAGUAGAUGAAGAAAUAUGGAUGAACAUAAUAAGAGUAAAUAUAGAAGCUACUACCAGGGUUACAAUGGCGGUUCUACCGGGUAUGCUGAAGAGAAAGAAAGGUGCAGUUGUCAAUAUUGGUUCUGGUGCUUCCAUUGUUGUACCUUCACAUCCCUUGUUCGCUAUUUAUGCUGCUUCAAAAGCGUAUGUUGAUCAAUGGUCGCGAAGCAUACACGUGGAAUACAAGGAUCAGGGAAUCGAUGUCCAAUGCCAGGUACCGCUCUAUGUUGCAACCAAAAUGGUGUCGAAAGUUGCAUCCAUAGAGAAAUCUUCUCUGUUUGUACCUUCACCAGAUGCUUAUGUUCGAUCAGCAGUGCGGAGGAUUGGACAUGGAGAACCAAGAUGCACUCCUUAUUGGACCCAUUCUAUUCAAUGGUUCUUUGCAUAUUACUUUAUCCCAGAGUUUUUACUCGAUGCCUGGCGCCUCUCUAUCGGUCUUCAUAGGAUGUGUGCAACCGAGCGUCUUUGAAGUCGGAUUAUUUUUUUCUCAGACAUUUACGUGUAAGAGAUAAUGUAACAGUUUUUACAAUAUGAACACAAGAUUUGAGGAAUACUUAUUUUUAGUAGAAA